AUGUCGGAUGUGGCCAUGCCGCCAAACGAGUCAAUAGGUGCCAGCAAAAAUAAAAAGAAGAAGGAGAAAAAUCAGGUUCAGCCUCAACCUCAGAAACUCCCUUCUACAGAUUUACUAACAGAUGAUAUAGAGAAUAGUCCUGCCCCAGUAACUGAAGUUGUCUUAGAACCAGAAGGGUGGUCAAAAGAAUGCGAGAAGAACAUAAGCUCCGAGAAUGAUAUAAACUCGAAUACAAACAUAACAGAAGUGAUCACAACUCAGUCUCUUCCCAUUCUCCCACCAAUACGCUCACCCUGCGGUAGGACUAACUCCGUAAAUGUAGAAACAAUUACGAAGCCUAUGACUCCACAAGUAUGCUCACCUGGAAAUAAAGCACGAGAAAGAACUCCUAAUAUACACAGAGGCCAAAUCGUAAAGCCAAGACAUGUUCCAGAAUUAUCUCUGGCCAAUUCGAUGGCUGAACUAGUUCAAGAAUCGAUACCUUCCCAGCAAUCUACUGCUGCUUUGCCAGAAAAAAUAGAAUGGGUGCAAUUCUUCACCAUAGAAAAAGCUGGAAAGUUGGGUAAGAAAAUGGAUGUUUUACUACUAGGAUUAGCACGUGGUUUCCAACUGUGGUGUAUGACGGACAGCGGGGAGUAUGAAGAGGUCAUGUCAGAACGACAAGGCCCUAUUCGAGCAUUCGUUCCUAUACCAAACAACAUCAAAAGUUUCGCGAGCGAGAAAGACUUAUUCUCGACUCUGAGACCUCAAGUAGCUCUAGUUGACGCUUUCAGUCCUGCCCAAGAUAAAGAGUAUUGUACAGUUGCUAUUAUUUCACUAGUCAAUAAGCAUGUACAUCGACUCCCUUCAGCCGCAACACCGUAUGAGGAGCAAGUAUGCGGACUUCAAUGUUCUGAAAGUUUUCUUGUGGUGUCUUUCUCUUCAAGUGUUGUUGUUUACGAAACACUUUCCUAUGGCCAAGUUCAUGAGAUCAAUAUUUUCAAUAAUUUAGAAAGGAAUAUUCCUCCAGUUGCCAUUUAUUCCCAUCUCUUAGCUUUCGCUGUAGAUAAGAUUGAUAACGAAAUCCAAAGCUGUGGUGGAUUAGAUUUAGAUGGUGUUGAGACUCCCGAUGACUAUACAAGUCAAGUGUUGGGAGGAGCAAAGGCAUUCAAAAGGACAUUAGAUUCCUUCGUAGAAACGGUAAAAGGAUCUGGUGUUUCAAAGACCAGAACUACACCAAAAGGAAUCAUUAAGAUUGUAGACUUGACUAAGGAUGAAGACAAUAGUUGGGUUUAUGCUCAUUUUGUAGCCCAUAUGGAGACAAUAUCUUAUUGCUCAUGGUCACCAGAUGGAAGACUUCUUUUUACUGCCGAUGUGCAUGGAUCUUGUUUCAACAUGUUCAAUAUUCUCUCUCAUCCUAUAAGCCCUUGUUUGGGAACAGUUCAUCAUAUGUACAGACUAUACCGAGGAAACACAUCAGCUAAAGUUGCCAGCACUGCUUUCUCAUUUGAUGGCCGCUGGCUUGCUGUAGCCACUAAUCAUGGUACUACCCAUGUUUUCGCUGUAUGUCCAUUUGGCGGAAAACCCUCUCUUAGAACACAUGGAAGUCAUUUCACUAACAGAGAAUCCCGCUUCUUGCGUUCAGCUGGACUGACUGAUUCUUCUGAUUCUUACAAUAAUGGGCGAUCUAGAAGAAAUAGCGGAAGUCUUGGCUUAUCUCGCGAACAUCCGUUUAGUAAUAAGUUAUUGGCAAAAUGCUCUCAAAAUCCACGUAUUGGACCAUUAGAACCUCCAGUUUUACUGAAGGCUGUUGCGAAAAUACCUGACCCUAGAAUCUCUACUGAUAAUCUGAUUGCUUGGGCAAACGAUCUGGCUCCUCUUGGAAUUUCUAGUGCCACCAAGAAAGUCACUGAACUACCUCGAAUGUCUCUCGUUAUUAACUCAAGAGAUAAAGAUGGGCGAUCGGAGCAUUGUCUUUCUGUUUGCCGUGCUGAAACUGGUGUUGUUUUCCAAUACAAGUUGAUACCUUGCCGUUCAACUGAACAGCCUGAAAGAGAUCCAGUGCUUGACAUUGAACCUGCGUAUAUGUGGGUACUCCAUAGGACUAAAAAUGAUUCUGCCAUACCUCCUCCGUUAGAAGCUGGCAACUCUUUAAGAUCAUUUUCGUGUGCACCUGAGUCUAGACAACGUCAUGAUUCUGCUCAGUCAUGGAUUCCGCAGGCGGAAAUUAAGACUUACUCUGGACCAACACGCCGUGUCUGGCAGGGGCCACAAUUUUCUUUCUUUGAAUACAAAGACGAUAACAGUCCGGAACUAUUACCACCUUCCGACUCUAAACAAUCUCUCUCUUCGAUGAAAUCGAUUCCUGUUGUAAUAGGAGAUAGGACUGAACGGCAUGAUGACUGUAGAGCUGGAAAUUCGAUUAGAAUCGAAUGUAGUUCAUCAUAUGACAGCGAGCCUGUUCUCACCACCAUGAGCUCUGGCGAUCACAUUAAGCUCAAAAUAAGCGAAGCAAUGCGGGAAGACCGAGGCAGCGAUCGUAGUGAUGACGGAGGGAAGCAGGCCUUCGAUGAUCCGUUCGAUUUAGAAGGGUAG